CUUUUCUAGCGCCGUCGUUCCCGAAAAGGUCAAAAGCCGAAUUUUCCUAAAGUAGAUGUUCUUUUAAACUUUGAGUUCGUUUUCUGCCGUUCCGCUUAUCGCUUCUUUUUCGACAGACAUAUAAACAUCUGUCAUCAUUCCUCCCCGAUUACUUUUUUGAACUACUUUUUCUCGGUCGAGUAUCGCGUUAAGUUAUCAAUUCAGUCUCUUAUAUAAUCUCCUGCUCCGACAUGCAUUUGAAAGAGAAAGUUGUCGCAAUUUACGGUGGUACUUCAGGGAUCGGCCGGGAACUAACAGAGAAGCUCAUUAGCUUAGGGGCAUAUGUUGUUUUUCUUGGAACCAAGGAAGAAAAAGGAAAGGCCCUGGAAAAGGCAUUGAAUGAAGGUGCCAAUAAUGAUAGGAGUGGGCUCAAAAGCAAGAGGCAGAAGCAAAAGCAGAAGCAGGUUGCCGUGUUCUACCAAUGUGAUAUAACGGACUGGGCCGCACAAGAGAAGUUGUACGCCGUUGCAAUGGAUACCUUUGGCAAAUCCAUUGAUGUGGUGAUUAUAAUAGCCGGUGUCUUGGAUUCGUCCAAUCUUGUCAAUGACACAGAAAAAGAGGGUGGCUACAGAACUCUGGAAAUAAACCUGACUGCAGCUGCCAAGGCCAACCGGCUUGCUAUCCAGCAUUUUGUGCGAAACAACAAACCUGGUUGCAUCAUCAACACGUCAUCCAUUUAUGGCUUCUGCGGUGCCCCUCUUGCUCCCCUUUAUGCGGCAUCAAAGCAUGGUAUUAUCGGACUUACCAAGAGCUAUGGUACCUUAUUCCGUUCGACAGGGAUCCGAGUCAAUGCAAUGGCCCCUCAUUUUGUUGAUACACCCAUGGUUACCGGUCCAUCGAAACAAGUGGCCUCUGCAUUAGGCAUGGUGUCAAUGAGCCGGUGCAUCGAUGCUUAUAUACGUGUCAUCGAAGAUGAUUCACUUGACGGUGAUGUAAUGGUGAUCACGGCAGAGAAAACGUUCGUCGAAAAACGCUAUCAAGAUCCAACGUUUGAGAAGCUGGAUCAACUCUGCUCUGAGCGGAAGAGAAAGUACCGUGAGAUGAUCUUUGAGCAGUUACAAUAA